UGUAUAGACCACAAUCAAACAGCAACAUCAGCAGAAGAUGAAGAUGAGAUUUUUCGUUUUCCCAUGUUUUAAAUAUCAAAAGCUCGAAAGUGUAGCUCCAUGAAAACAAUGAAUGUUUUCGUUGUUGCUUCAGUGACUUCAGCUAUUUACCGUAUGUACUUAAAGUCACUUUUUAUUGUGCAACACCUUGUGAUGUCACCCUAGCUACCAUGUGACUGACUUGCAUUGCAAGCACAAAACAAUUCUUAGUCUUAAGAGUAACGUUAAGCAGCAGGUAGUACUGUAGUGGAUAUUAGAGCACUUGCAUCACUGGAAGAAGAGGAAGAAAAGACAAAGACAAUGUAAAGGCAAUGCUAAUGGUAAUGUGCAUUCCAAUUACUAUGCGUGGUGUGUAAAUGGGAGAGCAGGAUAAACGCACUGUUUAGAGGGCAAUGACUGCAGACUGCGCUUAAAUGCAAAAGGUCUCGGUUUUGAUUUAGGAGGCUUUGUAACCUGAAUUAGUUGAUGAAUUUUCUAUCGAUCCUAAACAAGCUCAGAUUCAUCUCUGACACGCAGAUCACGCCACCUCCAUUCUUUCCCCGUUAUUAGCGAGUGCAUAAGAGCUUGGCUGGAGCUAGCCUCUUGCAUCACUCUCCUUGGUACCGCUUUCUUGAAGACUGGUCCAAAACAUAAGGCGUAUUUAUAUUCUAAACCUUUAAACUAUGCUUCAGAUGGCAGUGCUAAUGUUUCUUUCUGCAGUGAGGAGUUGAAGGGGAUGGGGAGGGGUGGGGGUGUCGUUUAGGCUAAGAGGUCCACGCGUUUACAAAAGUCCGAAGUGCUGUUUCGGCCGGUCAGCUUUAGCUUUAUUAUUGUUGUGGUUCUCUCAUUAGCGUAUUAAGUCAAUGCCAAGACAUAAAAAAUGAAACGUGCGUCUGUUCAUAACUAUGUGUCGAUGCUGAGCGCUGUCUAAGGGCGCCCAUUCCCAUUUCCUUAUCCGGGAAUCGCAAGCUUCCACGCCAUUGGCUGUCGCUGUCACAUGGACUCUUAACUUUGUUCACUUGACAGAAAGUAGGAGGGUUCUACGAAACAGGAAAACGAGUAAAGGGAUAGAUAUAAAUUUUAGUAUAUUUUGAGUGCAAUUCAAAGAAAUAAAUGGCCAUGAGUUCCUAUUUGAUCAACUCCAACUAUGUGGACCCCAAGUUUCCCCCCUGCGAGGAAUACUCCCAGAGCGACUACCUACCCAGUCACUCUCCGGACUACUAUAGCGCCCAGAGGCAAGAGCCAUCGUUCCAGCAUGAGACGAUCUACCACCAGCGGUCGGGCUGUGCUGACCCACCCUACACUUCGUGCCAGGGUCCGGGGCAGCCGGCCGUGGUCAUGUCUCCUCGGGGUCACGUCUUAAGCCCAGCACUCCCGACUCCUCUUCCAGAACCAAGUCAUCACUGCGACUCGGUAACCCCGAGCCCUCCGCCCGCCUGCGGUCAGACUCCCAUCAGCCAAAGUACUCCUUCGUCCACUUCACGAAAAGACCCCGUGGUUUACCCCUGGAUGAAGAAAGUGCACGUAAACAUCGUGAGCCCGAACUAUUCGGGGGGAGAGCCAAAGCGCUCGCGCACAGCUUACACACGCCAACAAGUACUCGAGCUGGAGAAAGAGUUUCACUACAACCGCUAUCUUACUCGGAGGCGCAGGGUGGAGAUUGCCCACACUCUUUGCCUUUCUGAGCGACAGAUAAAAAUCUGGUUUCAGAACCGGCGCAUGAAGUGGAAGAAAGACCACAAGCUGCCCAACACGAAGAUACGGUCCAGUCACUCUGCUAACUCAAAUUCAAGUGGCGGCCCACUGGGCAGUCAAAACCGGCCUAGCGGACCUCCACCGAGUCUAUAGCUCCAUUGCACUUCUCCAGAUAGACGCUCAUUAAAAAAAACUCAGUUUCAGGAAUGAGGCGCAAGGAUUCUAGCCACAUUGUCUCAUACAAUCUUCUUAUGAAAACUCGUAACUUGGGUAGAACACGAGGUGUGGUGGGAUGUGAAGGUGAAAAAAUAGCAAAGAAAUGUCUUUUAAACACAAAUGGGGUGAAGACUCGAACUUAAAACACUUCCACAGAUGGCCUCUCUCUCUGUUCAGUUCCCAUUUUUAUCCCGUACCCAUCUCCUGCUCCCUCGCCCUGUCCACAACAACAGAAGGCAGCAGAUAGUUUUCAGAUUUGGUGAAGAUGGAUCCGUGUUUCAUCUUUAAUCAUGCCAAACGCAGCCCCAUUUGUCAUGUUUACUCUGUGGUACAAAGGAUGAACCGUAGGCCUGCCCAUUACCUCGACGUCUAGCGUUGUGCUUAAUAAAUGAGUCGCCUUGUUUUGUCAAGGGCCAUUUUCUAACUCCUAUUCUUUGCUGACUUAAAGCAUAAAACAUAGCUGGACACUGUUCUCGUAAUAUGAAGAUAUUUUUCUUGUAUAAAGGUAAUCUCACAUGUAAUGUUUUUAUUUGCCAAUGGGACAGAUAAAAGAUCGUGUGCGGUUCAAUUGUCAUUCAGACAACGGGGACUCGUUUCAUUUUUUGAUGUCUGGUUUGUUUGGCGCAGUUUAGACUGAGAAGAGGAUAUUCAGACGUUUGUUUGCAAUGUCUCAUAGAUGUUUUAUUGAGAUUCGAUGGAAAGUAAUAUGACUUAAAUAAAGCUGGGCAUAUACAUAACCAAAAGUGGUACAAUGCAAAGUAUUUUAAAAAGAGCUCUGCUAGAUUCUAUUUUAAUUACCUCAGUUGCAAUUGUGUUGAUGUCUUUGUUAUCUAGAUUUAUGAAGUGUAAUUUUUUGUUCAUUUUAUUAAAAUGCAAAUAUCUGCAAAAAGUCUGCAUUUGGUUGCAAGUUGAAAUGUAAUUUAAACCUUUGUGUGGCCAGGGUUGUAUAGAGAAGGUGCCAAUAUAGCAUGAAAUGUUACACUUUAUUUUUUAUUUCCCUUGAUAUUUUCGUCUGCAAACCUCUGCAUUUUGCGUCAAGUAAACACAUGCACAUGCUGUGCACCUUUCUUUUUUUCGUGUUCUUACCUGUGCCAUGUUUUUUUUUGUAUUUUAUUUUUUAUAUAUAUAUUUUUCACAUUCCAAAGAUCAAGCCUGCCACUUGACACAAUGUAUUUUCUAUAAUUCAUAUUUGUAUGUCGUCCAUUUUCUGCUUAUGCUUUCCACUGUCUUAUUUGUUAUUUGUAAAUAGUUAUAGAAAUUUAAUAAAUCACAGACAAAAAAUA